AUGGCCAUGGCACUCACUCCAUGUCGGCAGCUCUCAGCUGUGGCCGUUGAUGAUUUGAUCACUAGGUGUCUCCCGGUGACUGGCCACUUCUAUUUUAUGAAGUCGCACAGGCAAGCCAUCUCAGACAUGAUCGUGCAGGCCGUGAAGGAUGCAGACGAUGCCGGAGUUCGAUACCUGGGCCUGGCUCAUCUCAAUAAGGCAGAGUUUAUCAACCAAGGAGGCAAAGACCUGCUGCCCCAGCUGGGCGAUCGAAAGAUCCGCGUGGUGCACGGCAACACGUUGACCGCUGCGGCGGUCUGGCAGGCCCUGAGGGAACACACUACGCCCAAGGACGAGAUCGUCUUCGCGGGCUCCACGUCCAAGAUCGGCCGUGCGCUUUGCAUCCUGCUCUCCAACCGAGGGAACACCGUCAGGAUGAUCACCGGAUGUGAAGAACGGUUCCAGAAGAUCAAAAGCGAGGCCGGAGAAGGUGGAAAGAAAUUGGUGAGAGUGCAGACCUACGAGGAGGGCGUGGGCUGCCGCGCCUGGAUCUUGGGCAAAUGGAUGGAGCCCAAGAAGAUCCAGGCGAUGAUCCCCCCGGGGUCCUUGAUCAUCGACUUUGCCGUGCCCCACGUCAGCGAGGAGAUCGCCAAAGACUACCGCUACGUGAAUGGCGCAUCAUUGAGCUACAUUGGAGGUCAGAAGGAGACCGAUAUCACUUUCUGCCAUGAUGUGCCAAACACCGUCCCGGCCUGUCUAGCAGCAGGGUCGCCCAAACGCCUUCGUCGGUGUGAGGCUGCGAUCGUCCAUGCCAGGGAGAACACACAAAAGCACGAGACUGGAGAGGUGGAUGUUGACGAAGUUGAGGGUUGGUGGGAAAAGGCGGACGAUGCCCAGCCAAGUGCCGGAUUUCUGGAUGAGUUUGGUAUGUUUCCCCUGUGUCAGGAAUCCGUUGUGAUAGUGGGACGACCAUAUGACUUGGCAUCGACCAUGGCGCAAAGUACCUGGGACCCGCGAUCUGUUGCCGAGGCAAAGGCCAAGAAAGUGAGUUACCUACGAGGCCGUCGCUGUAAGAGCGACGCAACGGACAAACUCCAGGCGCAAUCACCUCGUUUCCAUGUCGAGUCGCCUUGCCACAGCUCCAGCCAGGAGACGAAAUCGAAGGAGACCUCAGAAACUUCCUUCGUCCCGGAUACCCCGUCCCCAAUGAUGCGCGCUGCUCCAGACCUGAACGACGUGCCGCCUUUGAACGAGGGCUACCCUGGGAUGUGCGAAGAGGAAAUGUGUCUCCCUCCAGCCUGGAGCGAGGAGGCCAUGUACAACGCAGGAAUGGGCUAUGAUGGCGACAUGUCCGGCUACUACGGUGUGCCAAUGAUCUACAAUCCGAUGUCUGGUUGGUCAAUGUGCAUGCCGAUGGAUGCCAUGCAGGGCGUGCCUGCAGAUAUGACUCAGUGUGAGAUGGUGGCCAUGGAUGGAGUCAUGCUGGACGGCGACGCAGCGCAAGGAGAGGACCCCACGGCCUUGUGGGUGGACCCCGACAUGGCCAUGUGUUGCAACAUGGAGGAUGGCUCGAUGAUGGAGUCGAUGGGCUGGAACAUGGACACAGCACAGCUCAACGAGACAGAACAGCAGCCAGAGUGGGAGGCCGAGGGGAAGGUUUGCACAAGCGAGAAGCCAAAGAAGGAGGAACACGAGAAGAAGAAGCAAGACUGGAGUGACAUGCAGGAUACUCAGCCAACUCGCUGGGAAGAGAGUCGCAGUGGAAACAGGCAGAGCAACCGCAAGCCGUGGCGCGAUGAAGGCUACGGCUGGGACGAUCAUCGCAAGGAUGAAGGCUCUGCCUGGGAUUCCUGGGACUAUUCGUGGAAGGGCAAGGGCCGCGUUUCGCGACGUGCACAGCGACAGGCGGGACAUGAUACCUGGAGUGAUCGUGAGUGGCGCUCAUGGUACGCUCGGGAGGAGUCACAAACCAUCCAGGAGGAAGCUCCAGCCAAGGGCGACGAAGCUCCGGCCGAAGGUAGCACAAGUGCCAGCAGCAGUUCAGAAAGUCUUGGUGCCACGGGUGGUGACUCAGGCUACACCACAGUGAUGCUGCGCAACAUCCCCAACAAAUACACGCGAGAGAUGUUGGUGAAGCAGCUGAACCAGGACUUCAAGGGUCGCUUCGACUUUGUCUACUUGCCCAUUGAUUUCAAAAAUAAGUGCAACGUGGGCUAUGGCUUCGUGAACUUCCGCACCUCCGCCUCCUGCGACGAGUUCAUUGCCAGGUACGAUGGAGUGGAUGUUCGCAAAUGCUUGCCAGGGUUGAAUUCCAAGAAGGUGGCGGGCGUGACACCUGCGCGUGUGCAGGGGCUUGAGGAGAACGUGCGCCGUUUGCGGACAGGUCCCGUGAUGAACGAGCUAGUGAACCAUCCCGAGUGGAUGCCCUUGCUGUUGGACGAUCGGGGCGAGGCCAUGGCAUUUCCAAUGCCUGACCAUCCAGCUCCAGCUCCUAAGCUCAAGAGGCGUGUGCGCGGUGAGGAGCAUGUAGGUGGCCGUGGCUGGUGAACAGACUCCCAGUAGACACCUCGAGGAGUGGAUGGAUCGUUUUUUUGCAGCUCUUGCAUACAGUUAGAGCACCUUGCGGGAUUGAUCCGUGCGGCUAUGGGUCCACGAUGACUC